AUGCCGACAACGACGCUAACACUGCCAACAAAAAAAAAAAGUGAAAUAUCAGAAUAUGAUUUCAACGAAUCUACCAAGGAAGUUAUAGGCGGAAUUCAUAUCAUAAAAGCUAUAAAAGAAUUGGUGACAGAAAGUGAGGAUGACAGUUGUAUGACAUGUGUACAAAAAAUUGAUGUUGAUGUAUUUAUCAAUUUGACAAAUGAAGAGGCGGUAGAAAUUGGGGCAAUACACAACAGCCGUCAAAAACAGAAAAAACUGAACUUCCAGGAUAAAGUGACAAUGUGCAGAAAAGUGCACAAUGAAAACAGUGAGGACUGGAAGAAAAAAGCAGUUUGCUUGCUGAAAUGUGUUUCAUAUGAGAAGGCCACUCCUCAGUCAUGUUGUACAGUCCUGUCUGUGGCAGGGUAUAGUGAAGCGGAAUAUGAGGCAACGCAGGCCUUAUUCCGACAUUUUGAUGAUGAGGGAGGAAAUAGCAGGAGUUUUCCUCAAAAUCUCUUCAGGGAGCUCCAAGGAGUAGAAAACAAAAUAAAAUACCUCAGACAGGCAUAUGGCACCAAUGGCCUCAAAGAGGCCAGAAGGUGCCGUACGGAGAAGGUUGGGCAGCUGUACAAGAACUUUUUCUGUACAGCUGUCCAGGAAGAUUCAUGGGAGUUGGCCCAGAAGGAGUAUCCAGAGGGCUGCAAGCAAGUAGAGAGGAUUGCGGAAAGUGAGAAUGGGAAGAUAAGGAAGUAUAUUCCAACGGAGCUGAUAGAGCUGGCAGAGAAAUGUAACAAUUUCGAGAGUAUUGAAGAUUGUGUACAAAUAAAUAUUGUAAUUGAAAAAAACGGAAAAAAAUUUGAAAAUUCAAAAAUAAAGGAAAUAAUUUCGAAGUAUCAAAAAAAAAUUUUAAAGGAGAUACAAGAAACAAAGGACCAUGAAAAUGAACAGUAAUAGGUAUAAAUGUUUUUUUAAUAUUGUAACAUUUGUGCACAGCAUAUUUAAAAAAAAAAAAAACUAAUAUCUGUCAGGGCCUGAGUAGUGUUCGUUCCAGAUGGAACCGAUCUCCCUCGGGUUGGGAUUUGAACAUUUUGUGUUAAUAUCAGGGUUGUAAAUUUUUAAAAUUUUAUAAGCAUAAAUUUAUAAAGGUUCUUCUAUUAAUAGAGGAUUAAUUUUCAUUAAGUGGUAUGAAAAUAAUUUUUUUACAAGUGGCAAAAGCCACAAGUGAAAUAUGAUAAUUUUCAUACGACAAGAUGAAAUUAAAUCCUGUCUUAAUAUAAAAAACUUGAAUUAUGUUAUAUUAUCUCUUUUUUAACCAUUUGCACAGGAUAAAUUUAUUUGUUAUAUUAAAUUGAUAUAUCGAUAUGAGCGGUGUUUAUAGGCUAUUUACCAGUUUGGAGUUUUGAUGCGUAUGAAUUGACCAUGAAGGCCACAACUAAAUAUUCUGGUUGGUACUACAUCUUAAAAUAUUGGUACUACAUCUUAAAAUAUAUACUGUGUGUGCACAAGUGUUACAAAUAAAAAAAAUAUAUAUACCUAUUUUGUUAUGCACCUGGCAGUCUGUCUAUCUGUCUGUCCUUAAUUUCUUUUCUGCUGAUUGCUUGAAAUGAUAACCAUUAAAGGGGUGUUUAGAGCAUGAAAGACCUUUCAUCAAGUCUAUGUGAAGUUCAGAAUAAGUCAAAUAUGUAUGAAUUUCAACUCUUUGGGUCCACUCCUUAUCUUAGCCUAAAUGAAUAUUGGUUUGUUUAACUUGUAAAAUGGAAAUAUAUUUCACUGAGUGAAGAACAGUUGGAUAUUUUAAUGAGUGGCAUAUCUGAUCUGAUGUUCUAGAAAGAAUUAUAUUUAAAUCUAACAUCAAAAAAACAAACAAAUUCUAUAUUUAUUUAAUGCAUCUUUAGUGAUUUUAUGUCAUAUUUAAUUGUUUUGUUGCAUUCAAAUCAUGACAACACCAUACCAAUUUUGAAUUUAAUUUCGAAUUUUUACGUCACUUGUGUAAUGAUUACUUCACAUGUAUAAAUAUAGAAUGUCAAACAGUGACUCUAUUGCAUAAUAACACACACUUUAGGUUCUUGUAUGUUCAAUAGGGAAAAAUGCGGGUCGUGUUAGAAUUGAUAAU